AUGGCGGCCUCGCGGCCGUCCAUCGAUCUCGACGAGGAUAUCGCGGCCCUCCUGGAGCGGGCGCGCGUUUCUGCGCUCGUCUCCGGUAAGGUGGUGCCGCAGCUGCUGGCCCAGGACGUCGGCAACGUCGCGGCGCUGCUCGAGGCGGUCGCCGAGGACGGCCUCGAGGGGCUCGGCCUCGGCAAGACCGUGCAACGUCAGCUGUGCCGCUGCCUGCCGGCCCUGAACAGCUGCGACGCGGCUGAGGCAGCUUUGUCGUCCUUUGCCUCCCUGUCUCUGGUCGAGCCCCCGCUUGGGGCUGCGACUGGCGCGCAGGCGGGCAGCAGCGCGAUGGCCGGCGGCGAUGGUGCUGCUGGCGAGCGCGCUGGCGGCGGCGGCGGUACGGACGCUGCCGAGGGUGCCGCGCGUGCCGCAGACGGGCAUGCGAUUGCCGCAAGCGGCCCCCGCGGCGGAGCUGGGAGUGGCUCCGCUGGCGAGGAGCACGGCGGCGGGGCCGCGGCUGGCGGCGAGGGCCGCGGCGGCGCGCGCCCCAAAGAGGCGGACAGCGGCGCCUGCAGUGUGCAGGCCGCGGAAGGCGGAACCGGAGGCGGCGCCCCGGGGGCCUAUAUGGACCCCGUGGCGCCCGCGCUGCCGGCUUGCGGCGAUGGGACGAUCGCCGCCGCGGGGGGGGAGGAGGAGGUGGAGGGCGCCGCUGCCGCCGCCGAGGCGGGCCGCCGCGCUCCGAAGACCCUAAUUGUUGCCGAUCCUUCAGCGACGCGCCAUACCGACACCGGGCACAGUUCGCAGCCACUUGCUGCGUCCGCCGGAGCUUCGGAUUCUACUUACAGCGGCGCGGACGCGGAGGAGGCGGUGGCAGGAGGGGACUCUGGGGCGGCGGAGGCGAGCGCGGCGGCCACGGCCGAGGAGGACAAGCGCGUCCGGGCGCUGAGGAUUGCCCUGCAGCACAGGACGCAGAUGCCCGUGACGGACGAGGAGGCCCGGGCUAUCCUCCAGGCGCGAGGGGGUCGCGAGACGCCCGUGACGGAGGAGGAGGCGCGGGUCAUCCUUCGGGCGCGGGGGGCCGUCGGGCACGGCAGGGCUACCUUUCAGGCGCGGGCGCGCGGGCGCGGUGGGCGCGCCACGGCAUCGCCGGCGCUGGCGAGCAAGGGCGGCGAGAAGCUAUCGCGGCGUGGGAAGAAGGCGGUGGCGAAGGAGGCGGGCGAGGUGGUAUCACGCGAGGAAGGCGAGGCGAUUUAUCGCGCGACGCUCGAGUCGCUGUUGGCGUCCACCGGGUGGACGCCGCGCGCCGCGGAGGAGAGGGCGCGCGAGGAGCAGCGUGCGCAUGUUCGGCAGAUGCGCUGGGCAAGGGAGCACGGCCGGGGGGAGCCGGUCCGGUGCUUUGAAGGGGAGGAGUACGACGAAGGCGACGACGCUUUCGACGCGCUCUUCGACGGGGGCUCGGGGUACGGGUGGGAUUCCCCCUCGGGGGGCGGCGCUUUCUUCUAG